AUGGAAUUGCAACAUGAUGAGCAAUCAUUAGACUUGCUUCGUUCAGAAGCUCACAUAUGGAACCAUAUUUACAGCUUUAUAAAUUCCAUGUCACUGAAAUGUGCUAUUCAACUGCAAAUACCUGAUAUCAUCAAUCGCCAUGGUGCACCAAUGUUGCUCCCCGAGUUAGUGGAAGCCCUCUCCAUCAACAAGGAGAAAACCCAGUAUGUCUUUCGACUUAUGCGCAUCCUUGUUCACUCUGGUUUCUUUUUAAAACAAAGUAUAUCCACAACUGGAGACAACGAUGACGAGGAAACAAAAGGCUAUUUGUUAGCUCCAGCUUCUCAAUACCUUCUAACAGAAGAGCCACUAAGCAGUAGGUCCCUUGUGCUCGCCAUGUUAGAUCCAAUAUUGAUGGAUCCAUGGCAACACAUGAGCAAAUGGUUCCAAAACGAUGAUGCGAACCCCUUUCUUACAACCCACGGGAGUCAUUAUUGGGAUUUUCUAGGUGAAGAGCCGAAGCUUAAACAGUUCUUCAACGAAUCAAUGGCCAAUGAUUCAAGGCUUGUUAUGAGUGUCGUUCUAAAACACUACACAAACGCUUUUAGAACGUUGAAUUCGAUUGUUGAUGUUGGUGGAGGUACUGGCACUGUUGCCAAAGCCAUUGCCGAAGCUUUUCCUGAUAUAAGUUGCAUCAGUUUUGAUCUUCCUGAUGUCGUUAUGGGUUUGGUAGGAAGUAAGAAUUUGAGUUAUGUUGGUGGAGAUAUGUUUGAAGCUAUUCCCAAAGCGGAUGCAGUUUUGUUAAAGUGGAUAUUGCAUGACUGGAGUGAUGAAGAAUGCAUAAAGAUAUUGAUGCGAUGCAAAGAGGCAAUCCCGAGUAAGGAAAAUGGAGGAAAACUAAUCAUCAUAGACAUGGUGGUGAAGACUCACAAAGAGGACAAUAGUUUACUCAUGACUCAACUCUACUUUGACAUGCUUAUGAUGACUGUGCUCACAGGAAAAGAGAGGAGCGAAAAAGAAUGGGCAAAGCUCUUCCUUGAUGCCGACUUUAGCGACUAUAAAAUAACUCCAAUUUUGGGGUUAAGAUCUAUUAUUGAAGUUUAUCCCUAG